CAUUAUACACAGCAUAAGUCUUACAUUUCCCACGUUACAUUACUACAUCACACAUGAAUUCGACACAUCACCCACAUAACUCCCUCUCGGAAUGGAUAUCUAGCAAGUCCCAAAAUGUUGCCUUUCAAAGCACAUCUCGUAUACCUAUACCCACGACCAAUAACUCAGAAACAAGCGCAAUAGUCGAUCCUCCACAGCCCGAUUUGCAGAAGUUGAUUGAUGGCGCUUUGUUUAAUGAGAAAAUUAUAAGUACAUAUCCGUGGACUAUUUUGGGGACUGUAUUGGUUAUUUCGGGUAUACAUUGGAUUGGAAGAAUUAAACAAUGGAGGAGACGGGUUUUACGGAGGAGAGGAGAGAGAUACACAGAUGAUGAAGUUGAUGAUGAAGUAUCCAAGAAGAUUCGAGAGGAUGUGACGGACUGUGGUAGUGGUAGUGCAAGCUCAUCUAGAAGCAGUACUUUGGGAUCAAAUACCCCUUCUAUCAAGCUCGAUGACAGAGAUGAACAUAUCCCUCUAUUAGCGAACGCGCUCCCCAAGAACAUCCCCUCAUAUCAAAGCACAGUCAUAUCCCGUCUCAAAGCCUUCCUAAUCUAUCAACCUCGACCAAUACCCUACUUCAACAAAGUCCUCCCUUCAAACGGCUCAUCAAUCUUCAUCCUCUCAUUCCUCGCUCUCAACAUCUUCUACACCUUCUACCGCAUACCAUUUUCCGCCUUCGAAGCAUCAGUACUAGGGGAUCGAGCCGGUUUAAUCUUCGGUGUUAAUCUCCCACUUCUAUAUAUCCUCGGUGCGAAGAAUCAACCAUUGAAAAUUCUAACAGGCGUCUCCUAUGAAUCUUUGAAUAUUAUUCAUCGACGAUUGGGAGAAUUAAUCAUGGUUGCCGCCUUGAUUCAUGCCGGUGGAAUGUUCAUGAUGUGGUAUAUGUUUUUGAAACCAUUUAGUGGUUGGACGAUAUGGCAUUUUUUAACUCAUCCAUGCAUUUAUUUAGGAUUAUUAGCUCUUUUUACAUACAAGUCAUUGUAUGUAACAUCGCUUGCUUCGUUUCGUCAACGAUGGUAUGAGCUGUUCUUGGGGUUGCAUGUUAUGUUACAAGCAGCUGCAUUGAUCAUCUUGUAUUUUCAUCAUCCAGGAACGAGAACUUAUGUGUUAUGGGCUCUUGUGAUAUUCCUCGUAGAUCGCUUGGGGUACCGCCUUUGUGCAAAAAGUAUCAUGGCCGAAGUAAGUUAUCCUACUUCCAUUAUCUUAUUCUCACCACUUAAUCACAUAUAUAUAUUAACAACAUUAACCCUCCUAGGCCAAAGUCAACAUAUUCCCAGACAACGAAACAAUGCUCCUAACAUUCCAGCUCUCGCAAACCUCCCCAACCAUCCUCUCCCAAACCCUCGGUCACUCCAUCUCUACCGGCUGGAAAGCAACCGACCACAUUUUCCUCACCAUCCCCUCUCUAGGCCGCACCCACACCCUCCAAGCCCACCCCUUCACAAUCGCCUCACCAGCUCCCCACCCCUCCAGCAAAACCUCCCUCCUAACCCUCCUAAUCCGCUCCCGCUCCGGAUUCACCAGCGAUCUCCUUCUCACCGCCCAACUAACAAACACUCUAAAAUGUCGUCUCGACGGUCCCUACGGAAGUAAUCACGCGCGUUCUCUCCUCUCAGAUUCCGACCUCGCAAUACUUAUUGCAGGGGGAAGUGGAAUUGCUGUUACAUGGCCCCUUAUACAUCAUCUUCUAGGUAUGUCGAAGGAAAAAGAAAAUGAAGAUACCGAGAAUGGGAUGAUGCAUAUAGUAAAGGGAAGGAAGCGGAGAAUUGUAAUGAUCUGGAUUAUUCAUAAACGUGAGCAUCUGGAGUGGGUUGAUAGAGGAGAGAGAGAGGAGGUGGAGAAGAGAGGGGUGGAAAUUAUUAUUCCGGGUGCGACGGUGGAGGCUGGGAGACCGGAUUUAGUGGGGUUGAUGGAGAUGGUGGUGGAUGGUGGGAAUGUGAGGAAUGGGAAAUCUUCAUAUAAGAAGAGGAGCAAAAGAAGAACCGGUGUCGUCGUAAGUGGACCUGAUGGACUAAACCGCACGAUCAAUAAUAAAUGUGCGGAAUUUGUGAAAGAGGGUAUGGAUUUAAAGGUUACCGUUGAGAAAUUUGGGUGGUAGAGAUAUGUUUUAUUUGUUUUAUAUAUUUUGAUUCAGUCGGGUUGGGUACAUAGAGCGUGGGAUUUUUGAGUAUUGAGUAUAGUUUAUAGUAUUUAGAAUUUGGUAUAUAGGAUAGAGAUGGAGAUAGAGUAUAUAUGACGAGGUAAGAUUAUUAGAAAGAGAUGA